AUGAAGCUCGUUAGCCUUGUUUCCCUCUUGACCGCUGUUCUCGUCAGCGCAGAGACGCAGCAGGAUAUUUCCUGGCAAGAGUCCGAGGCCUGGCACGGCUGCACCCAGAGCCUGGUGGACGAAUUCGACCAAGGGAAAACCGGCGACGUGCCGGCCUGCAAUCUCUGGGGCUGCCUCCACAAGCAGGCCAGUCACUACGGCCGCGGCGGCACCAUCACGACCAUGUCCAACCUCCUGUCACCUGCCUGCGUGGCAGCGCGGCUCAGCUCAGGCGGGUUGUUUGGCAAGCCCAAGCCCGGCCCUCCCGCAUCCUACCCCGAGUUGCUGGCGUGGGACGACUGCAUGAGCUCGCUCGUCGAGGAAUUUGAGAAGAACGGCGACGGUAGCCGCGCGGCGUGCAACCUGUGGGUGUGCCUCCACAGCAAUGCGGACACGUACCAGCGCGGCGGCUUAUUGAUUUCGGCCUCGAAACUCAUGGACCCAAUCUGCACUGCAGUCGGUAUUAUACUCCCGAAGUAG